CCGCCGCUAGCUUUUCUCUUCGACGGGAGUCGCGAGAUUCUUGUGCAUCGCCUUCGCCUCACUUCGUUCGAUAAUCUCUUUCACAGCUCCGUCUCGACCGACCAAAUCUUCACGAAUCCCGGAAGAUGGCCAGGAAAAAGUUGUGCUUCAACAAUUUGUUUUCGUGCAUGCUUGACACUGAUGCCACUGCUCCUUUGAACCAGAACCAGUCUGAUAUUUGUACACAUAAAGACCCUCAAUCUUAAGAUUCCUCACAAAACGAUGCUUCAACAAGAAAGGGCAAUGUAGCGCGCCAUCAACUGCAAUUGACACAGGCACAAACAUGGUAGCUUCUUCGUUCAUGAUAGCUAAUGUAACAUGUUGUCAGUGCCAACCCUCAGAAAGCUCCGCUUGAAAUGGUAGCAAAUCUUAUCCUAUCCAAAUUUGAUUGACUGCUCAGUUCAUGUUGGUGACGCUGCCGCUUCUGCAUCAACCUUCAUGUCGGUGUGAUCAUGGCGAUACGGAAGCCGGCGUGGUUGGAAGCGCUUGACGCCCAGAAGUUCUUCGUCGGCUGCUGCCUCCACGAGAACGCCAAGAAGAACGAGAAGAACAUCUGCUGCCUCGACUGCUGCACCAGCAUCUGCCCGCACUGCGUGUCGUCGCACCGCCGCCACCGGCUGCUGCAGGUGCGGCGGUACGUGUACCACGACGUGGUGCGGCUGGAAGACCUGGAGAAGCUCAUCGACUGCUCCAGUGUUCAGUCGUAUACGAUCAACAGCUCCAAGGUGGUGUUUCUGAAGAAGAGGCCUCAGAGCAGGCAGUUCAAAGGGUCAGGGAACAUCUGCACUUCAUGUGAUAGGAGCCUUCAGGAACCCUUCAUUCAUUGUUCUCUGGGUUGUAAGGUGGAGUAUGUGCUGAGGCAGAAGCAGGAUCUGUCUCCUUACCUGAGAAGAUGCAAGACUCUUCAGCUGAGCCCAGACUACAUCAUUCCUCAUGAUGUGGAUGAAGAGACCACUCACUCCACCAUCGUGGAAGGUGAUGAGCACACAGCGUCAUCAGACUCUGAGAGGUUGAGCUUGCCAUGCACUCGCUUCCAGAUCAUGAACAGGAAGGCUAGCUGGCCUUGCAUCUCUGCAACAUCACCCGCGGCUGCCUCUGAUGUGCACACCAGCAGAAACAUGAGCAGGAGAAAAGGUGUUCCUCACAGAUCUCCUCUGUGCUGAGAGAUGGUGAUUCCAGCGGUUCAGCCAAUAAGUCCAUACUUGUCUCCUUCCUUCUUUCCUUCUACCAUCAUGUGGUUCCCAAUUACAAUAUCUCAGUGUUAAACUAAUCCAUUGAACACACAGGUUUGUAGUUGGACAGGUCUUGUUGGCAAUGGGGUUCAAUUAGCUCCAUUGUGGUUCAACCAAACAAAGACUUUGGAUUAGUUUGGCAAAGACUUCGAUU